CUCAUACAGCAUAAAAGAACACACACUGGAGAGAAGCCUUACAAAUGUAGUCAAUGUGGUAAAGCCUUUGCACAAAACAGUCAUCUCAUGAGCCAUAGAAGAACACAUACUGGGGAGAAGCCUUAUGAAUGUAACCAGUGUGGUAAAGCCUUUUCACAAAACAGUCAUCUCAUGAGCCAUAGAAGAACACACACUGGAGAAAAACCUCAUGAAUGUACCCAGUGUGGUAAAGCCUUUGCAAGAAAUAGUACUCUCUUAAGCCAUAAAAGAACACACACUGGAGAGAAACCUUAUGAAUGUAACCAGUGUGGUAAAGUCUUUGCACAAAUCAGUACUCUCUUAAGCCAUAAAAGAAGACACACUGAAGAGAAACCAUAUGAAUGUAACCAGUGUGGUAAAGCCUUUGCACAAAACAGUACUCUCUUAAGCCAUAAAAGAACACACACUGGAGAGAAACCUUAUGAGUGUAACCAGUGUGGUAAAGCCUUUGCACGAAACAGUACUCUCUUAAGCCAUAAAAGAAGACACACUGGAGAGAAACCUUAUGAAUGUAACCAGUGUGGUAAAGCCUUUACAGAAAACAGUAUUCUCAUAAGACAUAAAAGAACACAUACUGGAAAGAAA